AUGCCAACCACGGGUUCCAGUCGUCGAGAGGACAGUGAUGGUAACGAGCUGGCUGUUUUUCCUGGUAGAAACCUAUCAAAUGAAGAGGCCCGAAACGGAGUGUAUCAGGAAUCUCAACGCGAGGAACACGGUUCGCUGAACGAAAUCAGUCCAGAUGGAAGUGCUCGUCUCUGGGAAGACCUAAAGACUGAGACAGGUUACGCCUCAUAUGCUGCUUAUUUAGAAGCUUACGAGGAAAGACAUCCGGAUUUGAAGUGGUUGAAAAAACAAGUCCAAGGUUACAACUGGACAGGAAGUAGGAAAUGGUACCCGACUUGCGUCAUUUUCAAUCUAUCUGAUGGAAUCCAGUCCCGUACUAGAAUGAGUUUGCAUUGCAGCAAUUCAUCUGCGUCAGUAAUCCUUUCAGCUCUACGUCAACCGCCAGAUACAGCAGCCGCUCGUAUUGUGCUGUGUGAAGCUUCUCAACUCGAUGGAGAAAUGGUGAAUGCACUUGGACUAGGAUUAAGGAUCCAACCGGGCUUUUUCCAAGCUUAUUUCUCCAGAUACGAGUCUUUGCAACCGCCAGAAGAUCCAGUGGCACAAGUUGAUAACCGAAGGCUUGCACCCGAGCAUGUCAUUAUAGGCCAGUAUGUCGUGACCAUAGCCCGUCAUUAUCUCCCUGCGAAUGCGGAUGCCACACCCGUUAUCUUGAUCCUUGGCAAUAAUCCGGCCGUGGGACGCAUCUCCAAUGCUAUGGAGAAACUACCAACAUGGAUGCAGGAGUAUGUUCGUGUUCUACAGUCUGAUCUUGAAAAGGGGAGAGGAUCAAAGGAAAAUAUUACGGAUCUGUCAUUCAGGUCGCUGGCUCCCUUGCUGCGUUGGAGUACCUUUAGAACACGCGAAAAAUGUUGCUUGGUUCGAGAAGGGUACUCCAAGUUUGUUACUCCCCGGAAGAAUCUAGUGCGCUGGCAAGGAAACGAAACAACACUGGAAGGUUUGUUCCAUAUGCGGCUUGAUCUACGGCGAAUGAUUGAAGACUCAGAGGACGGUUUCGAGCAGUUCCGAAGAUUCACUCGUUCGCAACAACCAAAUGAUGUACCGCAAAACAAAUCAUCUGCGAUGGUGGAGGAUGAGAUCCAGCAAACCCAUUUCGAAGCACAUCGCUUGGAGAUCGAGAUCCGUAACUUCCUGCAACUCCAGAUUGGAGAAUUGGCAUUACAGGAGUCUAGAAGGUCUAUCGAGCUUUCCAAUAUCCAAAUUGAGGAGGGAAAACGAGGUCAGUGCAAAUCCCCGGAACGGUGGGGAUGA